UUGACUCUAGCAUUGUCUCCCCUGACAAAAAAAAAUAGUGAAUAACAUUCUGUUAGUACCAGCUCUUGUCCAGAAAUCAUGGGUCGAUCGUCAAAAGACAAACGUGAUGUUUACUACCGCCUGGCGAAAGAAGAAGGCUGGAGAGCACGCAGUGCCUUUAAGCUGCUUCAGAUAAACGAUGACUUUAACAUAUUUGAAGGCGUUAAGAGAGUGGUUGAUCUGUGUGCUGCUCCAGGAAGCUGGAGUCAGGUGUUAUCAAAAAAACUAAGAGGGCAGGAAAACAAAGAAGCAGAUGUCAAAAUUGUGGCAGUGGACUUACAGGCUAUGGCCCCUAUCCCAGGUGUCAUUCAGAUACAAGGGGAUAUUACUAAGAAAUCCACUGCAGAGGAAAUUAUUGGCCACUUUGAGGGUCAGCAUGCAGACCUUGUCAUUUGUGAUGGUGCUCCAGAUGUGACUGGUCUUCAUGACAUUGAUGAGUACAUCCAAGCUCAGCUUCUCCUUGCUGCUUUGAACAUUACAACUCAUGUCUUGAAGCAUGGAGGCACAUUUGUGGCUAAGAUAUUCCGUGGAAAAGAUGUUACUUUACUGUACUCACAACUAAAGAUAUUCUUUCCUCUUGUUACUGUGUACAAACCACGUAGCAGCAGAAAUUCUAGUAUAGAAGCUUUUGUGGUCUGUCAGAACUACAGCCCUCCACCUGGCUACAUACCCAACAUGUCUAACCCCCUACUGGAUCAUCAUUAUGAUGUUGACUUUAAUAGCUUAGAGGGACCCAAUCGUGUGAUCGUACCAUUUCUGGCAUGUGGUGAUCUUAGUGGUUUUGACUCAGACAAAACAUAUCCAUUAGAGCUUGUGAAAGGUCAAGAGUAUUCUUACCAUGAGCCCACACAGCUGCCAAUCAACCCACCUUACAAAGAAGCAUGCUACCUUCGGAAGAAUGAUUUACUGGCAAAACCAAAGGUUUCUGCAGAAGACAAAGACAAAAGUGCACCACAGCAAGUGAAUGUAGAACAGGCAUCAUCCUCAGACUGUCAAAAUGAAAAUGAUGCAACCAGUCCUUUGUGCUCAAGCUUACAGAAAUCUUCACUGCAUGCAGAGUAGUGAGGAAAAAUAUCCAAUAAAGUCUUCUGCUGAUAAAAAAAAA